UAUAUUGGUGCGCUCUUGCUCCUUUGUGUGUUUGCGGUAAAUGUUCUGUGCGUUUAGUAGAGACAUUGCGGUAGGUUCUCUUGAAAUGCACCUGUAUUGUGUAGGUGCUGUUUAUAUGACUUGCUUGUGCGUCGACGGAGCAGGAUUCUUCUUUUACAUAAAUAAGCGGCCAAGUUCGUGACCAAAGACUUUACCAAUACGUUUAUUCUUUUCACAAAGACCUCGCAGGAGUUGCUGCGCUCAACAAUAUCAGAAAUCCAGAGUUAACGAAGUAAAAGUACACGAGUUAAAUGUGCUUCAAAGUGUCAAGAUAAGACAACAGGAAACUCCAGAUAUUACAAUAUUUAUCUUAAAACCACAAAUGCAACUCUGGGCAUGUAUCUGUCAAAGUACACUCAAGUUUUAUUUAUUUUUUUAUAUAUUAAUAUCUGACUGGAUAAGAUACAUAAAAACCAAGAACAUAAGUACAGUAUAAAAGGGCAGUGCACAGAACGGAGCCACAAUGAAAGAGAAACCAUCAUCUGAGACGCGGUGGAGGAUAGAGAGGUUGCAGAGUGGACACACUGGUUCCGUGGCUGCUGCUCACUGGGAACCAUCAGCAGAAGAGCUGUUGCCUGUGAGCUGGACUCAGGUUGUAGUCAAAAAUCAGUCGGAUUACUCAGAUGAACGUCUCACUGUGGAGGUUAUUCACUUUUCAGUUUCAUUUGGACUGUGUAAGUUCACGUGGUCAGAGUGAAGCUGCCUGGUUCCAGGUCCUCAGGUCCUCAGGGUCACAUGCGAAGCAGUCCGGACCGGGUCCAAUAGGUGCGAUGGCCCCAUGGCUCUGCUUGGAGGGAUGAACACCCCUGAUGUGAAACCCUGCUCCUCAGCGGUGCCUGUGGAGGCCGUCUCCUCCUGUUCACUCCCAUUUGUCCCUGUUUGAAGUGAUGCUGAACAGAAGACACAAGCGCAGCUGUCUGACAGGACGACAAAGUGAUGCUGCUCCAGUUUAGGGCCACCACUGUUCACUCCCUUUGCGUCGACGUCCUUUGCUUUGGAUCCGUACGCGUGUCUGGUUCACAGCUGUACCAGAACGUCUGUCUCCAGAGUCUCAACCCCAGCACUUCAUCCUGCUGAAGAUUUGAAUAUGUGCGUUGCGUUGUGGCCCUGCGCUCAGUGUGACGCCCGUCGAGCUGUGAGCAGCAGCAUAGAGACGACGAUACUCCUCCAGGCCCAGACUUCACCUCACCUCAGUUUCAGGUCAUGGCUGCCACUGCUUCCAUCUCCACGGAGGAACUGGAGGAGCUUAGAGAAGCUUUUAACAAGAUUGAUGUGGACAACAAUGGAUUCAUCAGCAAAGAGGAACUCAACGAGCUCUUCCGAGCCGCAAACCUGGCUCUGCCCGGGUACAAGAUCCGAGAGAUGGUCCAGGAGUUCACCAGGAGCAGCGACCAGCUCACCUUCGACGAGUUUACUCAGAUCGCUCACAGCCUGAAGAGCACAGAGGUUGCCAAGACUUUCAGAAAGGCCAUCAACAAGAAGGAGGGAAUCUGUAGCGUGGCAGGAACCUCGGAGCAGUCGGGGACCCAGCACUCGUACGCAGAGGAGGAGAAGGUGGCCUUCGUCAACUGGAUCAACAAGGCUCUGGAGAAGGACGCAGACUGUAAACACCUGCUGCCCAUGGAUCCCGACACGGACGCCCUGUUCUCCGCUAUGGGAGAUGGAAUCAUUCUGUGCAAGAUGAUCAACCUGUCUGUGCCCGACACCAUCGAUGAGAGAACCAUCAACAAGAAGAAGCUCACACCCUUCACCAUCCAGGAGAACCUGAACCUGUCUUUGAACUCGGCCUCGGCCAUCGGCUGCCACGUUGUGAACAUCGGCGCCGAGGACCUGAAGGAGGGCCGGCAGCACUUGGUCCUGGGUUUGCUGUGGCAGGUCAUCAAGAUUGGACUGUUUGCCGACAUCGAGCUCAGCAGGAACGAAGCUCUGAUCGCUCUGCUGCGCGACGGCGAGAGUCUAGAGGACCUGAUGAAACUCUCCCCUGAGGAGCUGCUGCUGCGUUGGGCCAACUAUCACCUGGAGCAGGCUGGAUGUAGCAGGAUCAACAACUUCAGCUCCGACAUCAAGGACUCGAAGGCCUACUACAACCUCCUGGAGCAGGUUGCACCCAAAGGCGAGGAGGAGGGAAUCCCCCCGAUUGCAAUCGACAUGUCUGGGAUUAGGGAGAAGGACGACCUGAAGCGAGCCGAGUGCAUGCUGGAGCAGGCCGAGCGGCUCGGCUGCCGGCAGUUCGUCAUGCCAGCAGACGUCGUCCGGGGAAAUCCCAAACUCAACUUGGCUUUUGUAGCCAAUCUCUUUAACAAGUAUCCGGCUCUGAAGAAACCAGAGAACCAGGACAUCGACUGGAGCUCUAUCGAAGGUGAAACCAGGGAGGAGCGCACCUUCAGGAACUGGAUGAACUCGUUGGGGGUCAACCCUCGUGUCAACCACCUCUACGGAGACCUUGAUGACGCCAUCGUGAUCUUUCAGUUGUACGAGAAGAUCAAAGUACCUGUGGACUGGGAUCGAGUCAACAAGCCUCCCUACCCGAAACUGGGCAGCAACAUGAAGAAGCUGGAGAACUGUAACUAUGCAGUGGAGCUGGGAAAGAAGCAGGCCAAGUUCUCUCUGGUCGGCAUUGCGGGUCAGGACCUGAACGAAGGGAACAGAACCCUCACCCUCGCUCUGCUCUGGCAGCUCAUGCGGAGAUACACCCUGAACAUCCUUGAGGAAUUGGGCGAUGGGCAGAAAGUGACUGACGACACCAUCGUGGCCUGGGUCAACAACUUGCUCACACAGGCCGGAAAACCCACCAUCUCCAGCUUCAAGGACAGCUCCAUUAGCAGCAGCAUGCCAGUUCUAGACCUGAUCGAUGCCAUUCAGCCCGGAUCCAUCAGAUAUGACCUGCUAAAGACAGAGGACCUGACUGAGGAGGAAAAACUCAACAACGCAAAAUACGCCAUCUCCAUGGCGAGAAAGAUUGGCGCCAGAGUUUACGCGCUGCCCGAGGACCUGGUGGAGGUCAAACCCAAGAUGGUGAUGACGGUGUUCGCCUGCCUCAUGGCGCGCGGCAUGAAGAGAGCAUGAAGAGCCCAGCGUGCCGGAUGGAGCCGCAAUCUGUGAACAGACUGAAAUCCAAGGCAGACAUUAGCUACAACCUGGAUUUUGAUUUUACAGAUGUUGUUCAUCCACAGCCACAGAACAAAACUGAAACUGGUUAAAGUUACAUUUUCAUUCUGUUUGGCACAAUAAAACUUUUUUUUCAAUAAAUAAGCCACUCAACUUUUUUCUCUUUAGACUAUCAUAAUAAAAGGGACCAGUAAAAUGAAGAUGAUGAUUAGUUAGUUUUAGCGCUGAGUUGCCUGUGACCAAUGUUUCAGAGCUCUUGAUGCCGAUGUUAUUUGGGUUGCUGCACAGUUAACUUUGCUGCAGGUUGUUUGGGCCACUGGACAGUAAACAGUUCUGACUCCUCUUUAGUGCACUACUGUUGUUUUUCAAUUUCAUCCCUUUUAUGUUGUAGCUUUACAACAGAGCAACAAAUAAACUGAUUUGUAUUAAAACCA